AUGACAAUGUUUGGAAUUUGUACUCUCGGUAAAUAUUUCGUGUACAAAACACCAGACAUGGCCGCCAGGGUCCAAUAUGAUGUGUGUGUUGUUGGUGCCGGUCCUGUCGGAUCUGCAGCGGCAAGAUGGUUGUCCACCUACCAGGGUAUUAAAGUAUGUCUCAUUGGCCCACAGGAACCAACUGAAGAGGAAUUAAAAGAUCCAUCACGGACUAUCUUUGGCUCUCACUAUGACGAGGCUCGAAUAGUAAGUGAGGUGUGCUCUUGUAGACGAGAUGACACAUGGCCUGUUGUUACCAAGAGAUCAAUCGACAGAUUUAGAGACAUCGAGCGGGAGUCAGGAAUCAACUUCUAUAACGAAGUAGGCUGUGUGUUCAAGGCACCCAAAGUAGUAACUGCUAAGGUCUACGAAUCGCUGCCACCAGGAACUCAAGCGAUCUCUUAUUCUCCCGGAGGUAUUGAGAAUGCCUUCCAAUACCUUAAAUCAGACGGUUUCCAUUCCAUUCACGAAAGCACCAAAGGUGGAUACGUGAAUCCUCGAAAGUAUAUAACUGCCAACAAGAAAAUAGCUAAACGCAACGGUUGUGACAUCGUCGAUGAAGUCGUCUGUGAUGUUGGAGAAAGGCGGCAACCGGGAGUGGGUUCGUUUAUACACCUGACGACCAAGUGUCGUGCCGUGAUCACAUCUCGCAAGGUUCUUCUGUGCACGGGCGGGUUCAUUAAUUUUGAGCGUCUCUUGCCGAAUUCUGGAUUGGAAAUAGACAUCGACCCUUUGACAGAGAUGGCAGUGCUGAUUGAGCUAACGAAAGAAGAUGCAGAAUGUUUAUCCAAGAUGCCAUCUAUUCUCGUGCACAUACCGGAUGCCAAGGAUCCCAGGAAUUCGUACAUUCUCCCGCCAGUCAUAUACCCAGACGGGAAAUACUAUUUGAAAGUUGGUCACGACUACGAUCUUAAUCGGCGAAUAAGAUCAAAGGAAGAGGUCGCAUCUUGGUACCGCGAUCAAGGUCAGAAUCGCCUUGGAGAUUUCAAGAGCAUCUAUCUACGUAUAUACCAGUCAGUUUCAGGAUUUCAUCCAAAGUCCCUUAAAACCAUGACAUGCAUCACCACCACGACCCCGUCAGGUCAGUACUACUGCGACUUGAUCACUCCAGCAAUUGGGGUAGCAGUUGGUGGGAACGGUGGUGGUGUCAUGGUGGCCGAUGAGAUUGGACGUACAGCAGCCAGGAUGAUCCUCAAGGGAGCCUGGGACUCCGACUUACCUCAAGAGGAAUUCAGAGUCAGGUGGAGAACACGAGAGGGCGCCACAAAAAGCCAUUUGUAGUUAAAAUUUCUAGGGGAACUGUUUCAAGCACUAAUCAGCAACAGUCGCUAGAGUGGGAGGUUCCUCCUGAAGCUCGAGUCGAACUUAAGGCAGACUAGGACGAAAUGCAAUGGAAAUUAUUUUUAUUGGGGGAGGGGGGGGGGGGCUUGCAUAACAAACAUUGCAAACGCAUUUUGAAAGCACUCUACUUGUUCGGCAAGAUUCUUGCUGAUUCUGAAUAAGAGUGCUUGACGAAGAUUUUGUAUUAAAAAAAAUGCCGAAUUCAGAGUUCGGGAAAAAGUUUCAGUGCAGGUCAAGUGGGUCUAGUUAUUUCCAUCAAAGUUUAAUUUUUAUUACAGAUUUGUAUAGUUUGGGAUAUUACGGCAAAGCAUGAGCGAAAAACAUGGUACCUUACAAAAUUACCGACGUUGAUAUUAAAAUUAGUGCUAUUAAUCGUUUUUAUAUUAAUAAAAUAAAUCUUGCCAAUGUUGACUAUCAAUGUAUUUUUUGAUAUUACAGUUUUUCAAUGUUGUAAUUUCAAAAGCUGUCAUAUUGAUGCCAUAUUUUUUCAUUAAAAGAUUUUGAUAGUCCUUUAAUUUUACACAUAUAACCAAUCGAAAGACACAGUUCAGUUUUAUAUUUCCAAUUUAGAUAGUCUUCUAUCUAUUUCUGUCAAGUUUCUUCUAAAGGUAUAACCCCUCUCUCUAGUAUGACUAUACGAAUAAAGAAAAAAACCUACAUAUUUAUUUGCAAAGUUUCACAAAAUGUACGUGUACGUUGAGUGUGAAUAAAAUUUCGGCUUCAGCCUA